GCUAAGUAGAGUUUACACAUUCAUAAGUGGAAAUCGCUGUCGAUGUUUCUUGACAGAAGUUUGUAGCUAUAAUUAAGUAAUGUUAGAAGUUAAACAGAAAAAGACAUUUAUUCUCUGUUAUAUUUUUAAAUAAUGUUAUUUAAAAGUUGCUUAGAAUGAUACUCUCGGUAAUUGUACUUGGGAUAUUUUUUAACGCAUGAAAUUGGACACCAGCUGAAUAUCGUCGUAAUGUCGAGAAAUGUGGCAUCGAAUAAUUAAAGGGAUAAUUAAAAAUAUAGAAUUCCCCUAAAAAAGUCAUUGGUAUUUAUUAUAACCCAGAUAACCCAGUUUAGUUGAAUCUUGUCUUAAAUAUUUUACUGUUUGUUCAUAUGCAUUUGCAAAAGUUUGAAUUAUCCCAUUGAAGUCCUGUUUAAAUUGGUUGUUUCAAUAUAUGUUAAAAUUCGGCUUUUUGCCUAUUGCCUUUGUCUUAAAUCUUUUCUGAAUAUCGGCCGGGACAGUCCUUUAUACAUUAACUCUAGAAAACUGACACAUCGGUUUCUUAUGUAAAAUAAGACCCCAAAGGAAUAUAUUUAGCGGGAAAAUCAAAACAACUGUAUAUACUUAGACACCGGUAGACCGGCUCAUCUGCCACGUUUUUUUUUGGCAGCGAUUCAUGUAAAAUUGGUAUGUGAAAAUAAAUCCGUUCGCUACGUACUACUUUUGUGUAAACUCGUGCAUAACUUGAUCUAAUUGAAAACGAUAAACCGUUACUUUUAUUAAAAAUCAUACUCCGAAUUCAGUCCCCUGCUUCUCAAAUCGACAAAACUAGAAAAAGGGAGGCCGAAAGUGACUGGGGUAGACCUUUCAUGAGAUAUGUCAAUCAUAGGACUGGUUAGAAAAAAAAAAAUAAGGAGAGUGUCCAGAGCAUUUUAAUUUUCAAAGAGGAAUUAAAAGAACAGGAAUAAAAAAAAGUUGGUUCUCUUUCUUCUAACAAAAAGUAGAACUUGUCAAUAUCACCGUCUGUUAUCGCCCCCGAACUUCAAGUCUCAGUCUCAGUCAGAUUCUGGAUUAUGGCCCUGGCAGAAGGUGUAAUAUCAAAUUUCAUGCAACACCUUUCAAUUCUAGUAAAAUAUUUUUCAUUUUCAUUACAGUAAUCUAAGAAAAUUUUCAUUUAAGAAUUAUCUAUGUUAUGGCUAUGUUUAAUUAUUCCAAAAAAGAGAGGGGAGGGGGCUUUCGCUUUCCAGCCCCCCCAGUUCCGAUGUCUAUGUUAGAGUUGUCUCUCGUUCCCCAAACAAGAUCAAUAUGUCAGACAUUCUGUCAUUGCCCCCAGAACUUCUCAGUCGGAUUCUGGAUUAUGUUCCUGGUAGAGAUUUACCAAAUGUGUGUAUAACUUGUAAGACACUCAGGGACGUGGUUUAUGUUGACAGUGUAUGGCAGAGGAAAUGUAAACAAGAGUAUAACUUCAAAUCCACAGUGGGUUGGAAUGUGAAUUACCGUACUUUGUAUAGCAAAGUCUUAAGGCGAUAUGGCGAUUUAGUGGGCUUAUGGAGAAGAGAUUUCAAAUAUUUUGGAGGUUUACUGCAAAUCAAGUAUGACAAAGGAUGCAUCAAAGGACUGGAAGUACUGGCUCCAGCUAGUUCAUGUGUAGAUAGACCUCUACGGAAGAAGGACUUGUUCACAAUAUCAAUGACGUCAUCAGAAACUGUACAGAUUGUUUCUGUACAUAAAUUUCCAGAGGAAGAGGACGGGAGAGGUGGAGAAGGAGAACAGCGGCCAUGCAUACUCCGUGUGGAGAAAGACGAAACGAAAGGAAGAGUUCUAGAAUAUAAAGUAACUGAUAAGAAUUAUAUCCUCCAAAAAGAGAAUCUGACCGACCUCCCAGUGUUCAGGAGAUGGAUCUCUGAUGAAUUCGAAGACGAUCCAAACGCCAACAUGUAUUUUCCUUGUUAUCGCAGGAGGGGCGUGGACUAUCUGUCGUCAAGGCAUGAAUAUCGGUGGUCUCCCUUGGAGCUCCCAAGUAAAGACAGAGUUAACGUUCCUAUCCAGCCCGGACUGUUCAAAGGUACAUACAGUGCCCACGGUAUCGAGAUACUGAGUCUGGACUACAACGACGACUUGACAGAGAUCACGGUCACAAAGAUUACGGGUGAUCCGAAUGUCCCGGCCACAAAAGUAAGCGUAUACGGCAUCCUGACCUCUCCCCUGGUGUUGACAUUAGAGCAGCAGGAAAGUCUGGACACCCUGGCGGCGGUUCCGGAACAUCACGUGACAGAACAGUCGGGACUCCCGGUUAGACAACCCUUUCGGGUUCCGGCACGCUUCGAGCGAGAUAAUCCGGACAUUCCGAAAUUCUGUACUUUCAGAUGUCGUGCCGAUGGACAAAUCGCUGCGCACAGCUUCCAAAAUCCAUCCUUCAGCGAUGGCCACUUUGUUGUAUUUGAUGAGAGGAAAUUCGGAAUGUUAUGGUUGGAACUUAUGUCUUUCAGUAUCUAUGCCAGGGUGGACGAAAAAGAAUUGAGCGACUAAUUUGUAAUUCUAAUGAAAGUCCAUUUUCAAUUUAGAAAGAUACGCAUAUUAAU